UGCAGUUGUCGUGCACGCCGCCGCUGGUCCGCCCGCUCCACCGCCGUAGCACCCCGGUGUCCGAGGGCGCACCGGAGCCGGGCCAUGCAGCCAGGAGCGGCGCUGCAGGCCAUGCUGCUGGCGGUGCUGCUGGCGGGGCCCCGGGGCGCGACGGGGCGCCUGCUAAGCGGGCAGCCAGUCUGCCGGGGAGGAACGCAGAGGCCUUGUUAUAAAGUCAUUUACUUCCAUGAUGCUUCUCGAAGACUGAACUUUGAGGAAGCCAGAGCAGCCUGCCUGAGGGAUGGGGGCCAGCUAGUCAGCAUCGAGUCUGAAGAUGAACAGAGACUGAUAGAAAAGUUCAUUGAAAACCUCCUGGCAUCUGAUGGCGAUUUCUGGAUUGGGCUCAGGAGGCGUGAGGAGAAACAAAGCAAUAGCACAGCCUGCCAGGACCUUUAUGCUUGGACGGAUGGCAGCACAUCAACAUUCAGGAACUGGUACGUGGAUGAGCCUUCCUGUGGCAGCGAGGUCUGCGUAGUCAUGUACCAUCAGCCGUCAGCACCCGCCGGCAUCGGGGGCCUCUACAUGUUCCAGUGGAAUGACGACCGAUGCAACAUGAAGAACAAUUUCAUUUGCAAAUAUUCCGAUGAGAAACCAACAGCUCCUUCUACAAGGCCUACAGGUGAAGGAACAGAGCCAGCAACACCAAUGCUUCCAGAAGACAUAGAGAAAGAAGAUGCCAAAGAAACGUUUAAAGAAAGCAAAGGAGCUGCCUUGAAUCUUGCCUACAUCCUAAUCCCCAGUGUUCCUCUUUUCCUCCUCCUUGUGGUCACCACAGUUGUGUGCUGGGUUUGGAUCUGUAGAAGGAGGAAGCGGGAGCAGCCAGGCCCCGGCACAAAGGAGCAGCACACCACCUGGCCCUUUCCUCACCAAGGGAACAGCCCAGACCUAGAGGUAUACAACGUCAUCCGAAAACAAAGUGAAGCUGAUUUAGCGGAGCCCCGGCCAGACCUGAAGAACAUUUCAUUCCGAGUGUGUUCCGGAGAAGCCACUCCCGAUGAUGUGUCUUGUGACUAUGACAACAUGGCUGUGAACCCAUCCGAAAGUGGAUUCGUGACUCUGGCGAGCAUGGAGAGUGGCUUUGUGACCAAUGACAUUUACGAGUUCUCCCCAGACCGAACAGGGAGGAGCAAGGAGUCUGGAUGGGUGGAAAAUGAAAUAUAUGGUUAUUAGGACGCACGAAAAACACUUGAACUAACAAGAAUGGGAAAGAAAAGAGAAGCAAAAUUCUCCUAUUUUCUAUAAGGACUCAGAAGGUCUAUGAAAAUGCUCAGAUCCAGUCCCGGGAGUGAGCAUGUGAUCCCCAUUAGCUCCUGCUGGAUCCCCAAGUUUUGACUAUAUCCCUUAUCCCAGCCUCUACCAGCUCCACCUUGUUAGAAAGCACCUUGCCCAGGGUCUGGCAUGUCGCAGAAAAUAAAUGUCAAUUGAUUGGUUA